AUCUUCUAGUUGAUAUGUUGGGGGUUCUUGCCAGCUACAGCAUCACUGUCAAAGAGUUGAAGCUUUUGUUCAGCAUGCUUCGAGGCGAAAAUGGAAUCUGGCCAAGACAUGCGGUUAAACUAUUAUCAGUCCUUAAUCAGAUGCCACAGAGACAUGGGCCUGAUACCUUUUUCAACUUCCCAGGCUGUAGUGCUGCAGCAAUUGCAUUGCCUCCUAUUGCUAAGUGGCCUUAUCAAAAUGGGUUUACUCUUAACACCUGGUUUCGUAUGGAUCCGCUAAACAAUAUCAAUGUAGAUAAGGAUAAACCCUAUCUCUAUUGUUUCCGCACUAGCAAAGGUGUUGGGUAUUCUGCUCAUUUUGUUGGCAACUGCUUAAUAGUUACAUCAUUGAAGUCAAAAGGCAAAGGUUUCCAGCACUGUGUGAAGUAUGACUUUCAGCCACGCAAGUGGUACAUGAUAAGCAUUGUACACAUCUAUAAUCGAUGGAGAAACAGUGAAAUACGAUGUUACGUGAAUGGUCAGCUGGUAUCCUACGGUGACAUGGCCUGGCAUGUUAACACAAAUGAUAGCUAUGAUAAAUGUUUUCUUGGCUCUUCGGAGACUGCCGAUGCUAAUAGAGUGUUCUGUGGCCAGCUUGGAGCAGUAUAUGUAUUCACUGAAGCACUCAACCCAGCACAGAUUUUUGCAAUACAUCAGUUAGGACCUGGAUAUAAGAGCACAUUCAAAUUUAAAUCUGAGAGUGACAUUCAUCUGGCUGAGCACCAUAAACAAGUGCUAUACGAUGGGAAACUUGCAAGUAGCAUUGCUUUUACUUAUAAUGCGAAGGCUACUGAUGCUCAGCUAUGCCUUGAAUCCUCACCAAAGGAAAAUCCUUCCAUUUUUGUACACUCCCCCCAUGCUCUUAUGCUUCAGGAUGUGAAAGCUAUCGUAACCCACUCCAUUCAUAGUGCAAUUCAUUCCAUUGGAGGGAUUCAAGUUCUUUUUCCUCUCUUUGCCCAGUUAGACAAUCGACAGCUGCACGACAGUCAGGUGGAAACGACAGUUUGUGCUACCCUAUUGGCUUUCUUGGUUGAGCUUCUUAAGAGUUCAGUAGCCAUGCAAGAGCAAAUGCUUGGUGGAAAAGGCUUUCUAGUCAUUGGCUACCUCCUUGAAAAGUCAUCUAGAGUUCAUAUAACCAGAGCAGUUCUGGAACAAUUUUUGUCAUUUGCGAAGUAUUUGGAUGGAUUGUCUCAUGGAGCACCUCUAUUGAAGCAAUUAUGUGAUCACAUUCUUUUUAAUCCUGCUAUCUGGAUACAUACCCCUGCAAAGGUGCAGUUGUCUUUGUAUACCUACUUGUCAGCUGAAUUCAUUGGAACUGCUACGAUCUAUAACACCAUACGCAGAGUAGGAACAGUACUGCAGUUAAUGCACACACUGAAAUACUACUACUGGGUGGUUAAUCCUGCUGAUAGCAGUGGCAUUACUCCUAAAGGAUUAG